AUGGCACCACAUCCAGAGCGAGUCACCGUCACAGAACAUCACGAUGUGUACCCAGGGAUUGACCUGAAGACUCGCCUCAAGGACGCUGCGAAGGGCAAGAUCAUCUACAUCACGGGAGCAAGCAGAGGUAUCGGAGAGGCGACCGUGCACGCGUUCGCAGAAGCAGGCGCAAGCGGACUGUUCGUCACUGCCAGAUCCGCAGACGCCCUGACAGCGGUGGCCGAGUCAGCACGCAGGAUCGCACCGUCCAUAGUGGUCGAGGCUUGCACUGUGGAUGCUACGGAUGAGCAAGCGGUCAGCCAGAGCGUCAGGAAGUGUAUCGAGAAGUUUGGGAGGAUCGACGUCGUUAUCGCAAAUGCCGGUUAUUUGGAAAAGCGGGCGAGAACAGGGGAGAUAGAUCCUAGAGAGUGGUGGAAGACCAUGGAUAUCAGCCUCCGCGGCACCUUCAACGUGAUCCAUCAUAGCAUCAACCACCUGGUCGCGACCAAAGGCUACGCUAUCAUGCUAUCGUCCGUGGCAGCCCAACAUCGAAGCCGCGGAGCGAGUGCAUACCAAACAUCCAAGCAUGCAAUAAAUCGGCUUGCAGAGUUCGUUGACGUCGAAUAUGGUUCGCAGGGCGUCAAGGUGUUCGCUGUGCAUCCCGGCAACAUCGCUACGGCCCUAGCAUCGAACGAACCAGCCAUAGCAGCUUAUCUCAUCGACAAGAUAGAGAUUGCGAGCCAUACGAUGGUCAGGCUGACAAGUGGGUCGGAGAACUGGCUUAGCGGUAGAUACAUCAGUUGCAAUUGGGACCUGGACGAGCUCGCGAAGAGGAGGAAGGAGAUAGAGGGCGGCGACCUCCUGAAGAACAGGUUGGAUAUCGGGAGUCUAGCUGGUCCUCUGUAG